GUCGACGCGGCGCCACUCAGGAUUCAGACCAUCAGCUGUCAUUCUCGGGGCAGGAUGCGUAACAUCAUCGACGGCACUGACGCGCGCGUCUUCCUCUGCCAGGAGCACCGAUUGAUUUUCCCAGAGGAUAUUGAUCAGGCUAGCGCCUGGGGCCUCCGCCGCGGCUGGAAGAGCGCGUGGCCGCCCGCCGCGGCCAUGGAG